AUGUCAGAUUACUAUUCAAGUACUAAUAAAAAUUUUAGAAAAAAAAGAUUUUUUUUAACUCUCUACCUUAUAUCAACUCUUAUAUAUCAGUGCUUUGCAUGGAGAACUGGAUGUUUGGGAUCUACUAGGAAACUUAAGAAGGUAUCUGUCAAUAAGUUUGCAGGUUUUUUUUCAAGAUACUUAUUUCUUAUGGACUACCAAAAUACCAUCGAUAAAAUUAAUAAAGAAAUAAAGAAGACAAAGGAUGAUUAUUCUGUAUUACUGAAGAAUGAGAAUAAAAUAUAUUUAACCUGUGAAAGUUCGACUAAAAAUCUAUUGUCCAAGGUUGAAUUUGAUGAGUUACCCAAGAUAAUGAACCUUUAUAAUACACUACCACUAUUGACUAAAAACUUUAAUGAAAUGCUCAAUUCAAUGGAAUUUGUGAUAUUUAAGAGAAUUCAGGGAAUUUUGGUGUAUAUAUUUUAUAAUAAAGUGCAAAUCAACUACUGUAUUAAAUUUUCAAAUACAAAUGAUACUCUAGACAAUGUUGUUAGUAAACAGGUGAAAUUGUGCAAUAUUCUAGCUAAAAAUCUAGAACAUAUGAUUAUAGAUAGUAUUACUGGUAGUUCUGGUCAGAGAAAUCAGGAUUCUGAUCAUUUUGAAGUUGCAGAGAACGUAAAAAUGUACAUAGACGAUAUAUUAGCUGAUGUUUGGAAAAAGGCUCAGUUCAUUUCAGAUUAUAUUAGUAAUCUUGUACUCCUACCACUUCUGGAGAAGUUCAAGACAAGGAUUGCAGAACUGACUGACGAUAAUUUGCUUUUUAUAAAUUUGAAUAGUACAAGUGACAUAUCCUCAAAUAUUAACUCUAUAUAUAAUCAAAAACCAGAAGUAUUUCUGAUACUUCACUCAUAUUUCGGAGAAAAUAUUGACUACUUAUCAUCUCCUCUAACUUCAAAAGCACUUCAUGAACUAUAUACUUCAUAUUUAUUUAAGAAUUCGAUUCCUGAAUAUCCUAAGUAUGAAGGAAUUUCUAGUUUAUUACAAGAAAGAUUAGAAUCCAUAAUGGCUCAUUUUGUAAAAUAUCUAAUUAACUAUGAGAAAGAAUAUCGUAUAUAUCAAGAAAAAAAAAGUGGUCUCAUAAAGUUAGUAACUAUAUUUGAUGUAGUUAUAAGUAACAUCUGUACUAAACCAAUAACUCAAAAUGAAAAGAGUUAUAUUAAGACACCAAGUUCGUUUAACAUAAAGGAUGUUUUUAGAUCUUUUGGAAUUGACAUCUGUAUUACACAUCCUAGUAGUUAUUUAGAAGAUAAAUUAGACAAUAUUGAUGAACUUAAAUCUAGAGAAUGUGGACUCCAUGAAAUAUCCACCACUGAACAACAUAAUACCUUUAAGCAAACUUCUAACUACUGUAAAUUACACUCCUUACAAAUUUCAGAGCGUCCCAAGUUCUACAAGUUAGAAUCUGAUACAAUUAGACUUGUCUAUGAUGAAGCAAUAAAAAACUAUUAUAUGGCAAUUACUAGCUUCGAGAGUAUACAUAUUUCUUUUAAGAGAAGUACGAAAAUACUACAAAAUCAGUUAGAUCAAUUGGAAUUUUUGAAUAUGGUAUAUAGUGAUAUCCUUAAACAUGGAUAUAAUGAAUUUCUGGCACCAGAAUUUCUCUAUAGCCGUGCACUUUUAAUUUAUCUGGAAAUAGAAAAUCUCAAUAUUAGUGGGAACUCUACUAAGAUACAUAUGAAAAGUGCAUUGAAAACGAUAGUUAAUACUGAAGAGAGUAUAAGAGUUCUAGAGAUGGUUAAAGAAUCAUUUAGUGAUUUAAAUGUGGCUAUUCACUCUUUAAAGGAAUCAAUUAGAAAUAGAACUAGAUGUAAGGGGAUUAAGAAUUUAAAGUUAAAAAUGCUACCCACAAAAAAAAAACUUAAAAACAAUGUAUAUGAACCUCUAUUUAGUAUUGAAAAUUCUGUAAAUGAGCUGGAGUCUAAAUCACUUUCAGCUGAGAUGAAAAUAGUAGAAGUUGAAGAGAAGGUUAGUUCUUUAAUGGGAUAUUUACAAACAUUGAAGCUUCCAGAUAACUUUGAUUCAAAUAUGAAGUCUUAUUCAAACAAACUUUCUCAGAUUAUGGAAUGCUCAAACCCAACAGGUAAUUAUAUCAUGGAUUUAUGCGAAACUGUACUAAGACAAGCCCCUUAUACUCUUGAUUUUAUAGAUAAUGAUGUAAAGCACUAUAAAGAUCUAUUAGCGUAUAUUAUGAAGAAUACCAGUGAUAUUAAGGAAUUAAUGCAGAAGUAUGAAUUAGAUUGGAAGGAAUAUAUGAAUUUGUUAAGCAAAAUACCAAAGUUUUGUGAAAAACAAGCAUCAGAUAUACAAGAUCUCGAUACUAAAACCAGAAUGAUCCUUGGAUAA